CUUUCAUAUAUAAAUAGAAAAUCUUGUAGGUUUGAUAUUACAUUAUUACAGGAGGUGAAGAAGUACAUGCCACCUUGUUUCGUAGAGAAGAGAAACUCCAAUGGAAAAACACCCCGAGAACUAUUCACUGAAGAACACACAGAGUUACUGACAAAAGCAGAAAGUUGGAUGAAGAGCAUGGCAAAGUCUUGUAUGAUCGUUUCAACGCUCAUUGCCACAGAAGUGUUCACUGCAGCAUUCAGCAUUCCACAUGGCGAUGAUGAAAAAAAUUGCAAUCCCAUUCGCAAUGCUAUCAUCUUCAUAAUAUUUGCAAUAUCAGAUGCAACUGCACUCAUAUCAUCUUCCAUCUCCAUUCUAAUUUUCUUGUCCAUGCUUGUCAUAGCACGUUAUGCAGAGGAUGAUUUCUUCAAGUCACUGCCUCUGAAGCUGAUAUAUGGAUUGGUGACACUGUUUAUCUCCAUAAUAAGCAUGAUGGUAGCAUUUAGUAGUGCCUUCUUCAUAACAUAUUCCAACAGCAUAAAAUGGGUGCCAAUUUUUGUUUCUGUGCUUGCCCUUGCACCAAUCACCUUAUUCACAUUUCUUUUGUUUCCGUUGUGGUCAGACGUUGUCUACUCAGCCUACUUUUGUAGGUCUAUAUUUCGGCCAAGUAAACACGUUCUUUACUAUGUGGAUGGCUAAGUGGUUAGGUACAUGCGCUUAUAUCUUGUAGGGAAAAUUUGUGUAACAUGAAAUCUGUAUUUAAUUCUCAUUAAGUGUAAU